AAUCACAUGGGCCUCGUAGGUGUACUGUUUUCUGAACUGCUGUGGCCUGUGGCUCUGUAAUUUGUCCCCAUAUGUCCCAUGUCCGGCCCGUGACUCGCCGCCGAGGAAAAAUUCAGAACUACCACCAGCCCGUUCGUCUCUCUCAGUCCGCUCAAACUAUGAAGAACCUCGCAGCAGCGAUCAUGGUGGCGAAGCCCACGGCCAAUCCAAUCUCUCGAGCGAUCCCCAUAGAUGCAGAGCCCAUGGCGGAGAGGAAUCCCAUCAACUGCUACCCUGAUGAGCUUCCAGAUGAUCCUUGUCCCACACAGGGCCUCUGCGAGAGGUCGCCGGUGCUCAGCCCUAGAUCGGAAUCGACCCCGGCGCCCAGAGUUAGUGAAUCAUCAGCAAUAUCUGAGAAGGGGCAAUCUGGAGGGGACAAAAACGAGAUUGAUAGUCACGGUUCCGCCAUACCCCAGAUCGGAUGGAAGACCAGGAAGAAGGCAUUGUCCGGUCCUGACUCUAGGUCAUCGCCUAGUAGCAUAAGUGCGGUGGAUGCUUGUAUAAUGAAAGCAGAAGGUAACAGAGGUCUGGACAUUUUUGCUCCUGUUGUCGGUAUGACCUUUGAUUCAUGCCAGGAAGCAUAUGAUCUGUACAACCUGUUUUCCUGGGAGCAUGGCUUUGGCAUACGUCACAGUCGUUCGCGGAUUAAUACAAACGGAUAUAGGCUGAUGCAUGAUCUUGUUUGUCAAUGUGAGGGUAAGAGUGAGAAGGAAAAUUCCUCGACAUGCAAAACUGAUUGCAAAGCGAAGGUCCGCCUGUUGCGCACAGAUGACCACGGGUGGUAUGUCAGUAUGUUUCUGAAUGAUCAUAACCAUCCUAUGUCGUCUCGUUGCGAUGAAAAACGACAGUGGAACUCUCGUUGCGCGGCGAAGCAACAGCAGCUGCCGAUGACUGAAAAGUGGAGGAGUGAGGCAUGCAUCUGCACACACGUGAGUAGAACGAGACAAAUCCAGAUAUGUCAACCCCUACACUACAGUGCCCUAUGGACCUAGCUGAUUAUUAGAGGGGAAGAGGCCGGAGGCUGCUAAUCACCUGCAUGCGUCGGAGCCGCUCACCCAUCUCCAGCAAAAACGAACGAUGAAGAUACACGUGCGCUUUUUCGUGGCCGACCAAGUGCCGGACGAAGAAGAGGAGGAGAAAGACGACCCCCAAUGCCCGUUUGAUCAGGUCGACCAUGUCGACGGCAAGAUAAUGGAUGAGGAGGAGGAGGGGGACGACGAGGAGGACCACGACUACUUCACAUCAAACGCAUUCUACGCAGAGUGCAAAGCACGCCACGAGGCGCGAUUCCUGGAUCACGGCGCCGAUGCGACGGCGGUGGCCGACGAACUGACGGACGAAGAGGAUGAUGACGUGUACUCCCCAUUUGAUUGCGCGUUCCUCGAUGAGUGCAAAGCCUGGCACGAGGAGGAAUUCGAGGAGCUGCUUGCUGAGAUGAUGAUAUAGUGUAUGAGCCUACCUAUCGAGGCGAGCUGUUUUUGGCCUGUGUCGAGGUGUUCGAUCUCUUAAUUUGUUAAGAAACGUAUGUUUGGUUCUGGCAACAAAUUAACUUGCAAUCUAUGAAUGUGUUCUCUACUUCUCUGCCCA